AUAUAAUAUAUGCAGGGGAGGGACAGGCCAGCCGCCAUCAGAACAGUUCAAGGCAAGGCCCUCUGCCUGCUCACAAGCCUCUGCUCCUCCGUCGUCUUCCUCGCCUCUUCUCCAACCGUUCGACCCCGCAAGGUGCCUUUUCUGCCUCGUGGAAUCUUGGGGUUGGGAAUUGGGGUUUACUGCUACGCCCGCACUUCAGUUCAAUUGAACCAAACCCACACUGCAAUUCUUUCUGGAUCUUGUCUUUGUUACUUCGCUUCUCUCGUUACUUGUUAGCGACCACACCUCGUUUAGGGUAUAUGUAUGAUACUAUGAUCUGUGCUGUGUGCCUCUCAUCUCUCUCAUGCCGGCCCGCCUUCCUCUGCUCCGCGUCAUCUUCUUUGGAGUUUGGUCUCUCACCCUCUCUUCUCUGCCUAAAAGCCCUAAAAACAUGUGAAAAUAUCUUUUUUUUUUGUCUUCUCCAUUGAUGUUGAUUGAUUCCAUCUUCUUGUACUAGUAUGGUUAUUGCCUUUAUUAUUCUUUUCUCUUGUUAAUUUUAGCCUAGAAGACCCUAACUACUCUGCUGCUUCACCAUCUUUCUCCAUAGAUUGUCCCUUAUUCUUGUUUGCUGCGACGACUCCAAAGUCUACUGCGCACAUCCUUAUCCGCUGCAAUUUCCUCAUAAUUAUGGAGUGCUACUUUUUGUUCUAGAUAAGGAAUUAUAAAGUACAACUAGACACACAAUCGGCAACAAGGUCGUAGUUUCUGCCUUUCUGAUUCCGACACCAACCAAUCAUGUGCUGUUUCUUUUUUCUUUUAUUAGCUGAAAGAUGUGCAGGCCCCAGUAAUUUGCCCCCAGAUAUCUUUCACCGAGCUGGAGGUAGCACCGGAUCUUUCCUCUAACUUGAUAGUUACACACCGAAACUUCCAAGGCUUUUGUGUGGUACAAUAGCUUGCCGCAAGUCUUCGGAUAUUUGUCUACAUCUAAAGCUGACCGUUCAUGCCAAUUACCGAAGCGACAUUUUAGGCUUGCAUGGUUGCUCAAGUCGUUACAUUGGGGAUUAAUCAACCUCCUAGAUGAUGUGGACCCGCCCAACUGGUUCCUUUCUUAUGUCUUAAAAUCCAUCGUGGAGACAGAUAAUUGAGCAGGCAUGCUACUAUUUAAGUCCAGAAAUACAGGGUACAGAUACCUUCCCUGCCUCACAAACAACUCCACCCUGUCAUUUAGCCCUGUUCUAGUACCAGCUGAGUCUUCUCUCCUGCUCUGCCGUUUCAACUAGGGCAAGUUCUGUUCUUGCAUUCGUCCAUUGUCUGUUCUGCUUCAACCAUGUUUUGAAGGAUCAAUUCAACAUCUAUCUCUCUUUGUUUCUAUAUAUGCUAUGGCUUAGUGAAUCUUUUAAGUGGCCUUAGUUUCCUUGGGCUGGCUACAAAUAUUUUUUUUUGGAAAUUUCCUUAUCUAUUCAUCUCUAGUUUUAUGAAUCAUUUGAAUUCUCUUGUUUUUGCAACAAGAUUUGGGUUCCUGAAAACGAAAAUACUGCCUAAUGGAGAUGGGACCAUUAAGUGCUAAAUUGCACACAUCACUUUGUGCUGAGCACUGUCAGAACCAGAAUACAACAUCAACGAGCAUGUAUUAUACGGUAAAAUUUGAGUUUAUGGAGAUGAUUAGGUGUCUAUUGAGGUACAAUUAUUUUAUGCUUCUCCGUAAUCGUGGUCAUGAUGCAAUUUCUUUUUAAGGAAAAAGUCAUGAUACAACUUUGGAAGCACAAGUUUAGAUGUGCUUUCUGCUUUACCUUGAGGAAAGGGAUGCUUGUAAAUUGUUCCAAAUGAUGUGCCAAAGGAGAAAGCUUGAAUUGAAGCAUUUUAUCUUGCCUAGCUGCUAUUGACGACUAGUAAUAUUCUCAGUACCAAGUUGGAUUUAUAAUGUAUGAAACAUCCAUGCAGUAACUCUCUUUGUCCACAGAGUUUUUCUUGUUUAUCCAUUAAGCGUAUAGCCUCUGAGGCUCUGUUGCUGCACUCCUUAAUUGUUUAUUUUGCUUUAAUGGUGUUUUGAAGGAUUAGUUCAGGAUUUGCUUCUCUUUAUUCUAUAUAUGCUGUAGCUAAUGAUGUAAGUUAUCUUAGCUAUGUCUAACUAUCCUAUUUUGCUGAGUUUUUAGAUAUAGAAACACCAAUACCUGUUACGCCUUGUUUGUAAAUUAAGGAUAUAGUCUCUGAAGUUCUUUAAUGUUUACAAGUGAUUUACAGUCUCUAGCUUUGCAACAAGAUUUUGGUUCCUGAAAAUAAAAUUACAGCUUCCUGGUGAUGAAUCGUUAGACACUAUGCUGUGGCCAUCACUCAGUGCAGAAAAAACAAGGUUCACAAUCAACGUGCUUGAAUUCUAGAGUGAGUGGAUUUAUGGAGAAUCUUGGGUGUUUAUUUAGGUGCCAGAAGUGAUCGACUGAAGCUAUGGGAAACUUAUGCUGCUGUGUUCAAGUUGAUCAGUCGACUGUGGCCAUCAGGGAGCAGUUUGGCAAGUUUGACAGCGUGCUUGAGCCAGGAUGCCACUGCAUGCCUUGGUUCAUCGGCAAGCGUGUAGCUGGUCAUCUUACACUCAGGCUGCAGCAACUGGACGUGCGCUGUGAGACCAAGACUAAGGACAAUGUCUUUGUGAACGUCGUGGCAUCUAUUCAGUACCGUGCUCUGGCUGGCAAAGCAAGCGAUGCGUUCUACAAACUGAGCAACACAAGGUCCCAGAUCCAAGCAUACGUCUUUGAUGUUAUCCGAGCAAGCGUUCCCAAGCUCAUUUUAGAUGACGCUUUUGAGCAGAAAGAUGAGAUCGCAAAGGCUGUGGAGGAGGAGCUCGAGAAGGCCAUGUCAGCUUACGGUUUUGAGAUCGUGCAGACUCUGAUUGUGGACAUUGAGCCAGAUGAGCACGUGAAGCGCUCAAUGAAUGAGAUCAACGCAGCGGCGAGGCUGAGGGUUGCUGCGAACGAGAAGGGUGAGGCGGAGAAGAUCGUGCAGAUCAAGCGUGCGGAGGGUGAGGCGGAGGCCAAGUUCCUGUCUGGGCUGGGCAUUGCCCGGCAGCGGCAGGCGAUCGUGGAUGGGCUGAGGGACAGCGUGCUGGGCUUCUCCGUGAACGUGCCGGGCACCACCGCCAAGGACGUGAUGGACAUGGUGCUCAUCACCCAGUACUUCGACACCAUGAAGGAGAUCGGCGCGUCGUCCAAGGCCUCGUCGGUGUUCAUCCCGCAUGGCCCCGGCGCGGUGCGCGACAUCGCCACUCAGAUCCGCGAAGGCCUCCUGCAGGGCUCUUCCGUCUCCCACCACUAGUCUGCUGGUUCUGGAGCAGCGUGGAUGCGGAUUCAUUCAGUCACAGGGAAGGAGAUUGCUUAGCUAUAUAUGCUUGCCACUGUCGGUCAGACCAGUAUGAUGCCUGUCUAUAUUGCUCGUGUGUUUCUGCGGAGUAUGGAGUGAUCUCAGUGUGGAACCAUAAAUUAUAACGCUCUACCUGCUACUCCUAGGAUGCUUGGGGAUCGGAGAACCUUAUCUAACCUUUUAGAGAAGGGGUAAUAUGAACAUAAUGCAGCAUGAGUUUGCAGUAUAUCUACUCUUCCUGUCA